AUGCUGGGACAUUUACGUGCUGGUGCGCGAGCCGCACCCAAGUCCUCCACCCUGACCACAGCUUCGUCGUUCAGUCGCACUAAACGUCGAAAAAUGACUAGCGGCACAUCUGCUGGUGUCGAAGGAGGGAUCGGUGACCCAGCCAAAUACUGUAGCGACUUCGUCCGCCAGCGCGACUAUGAGGCGUUCCUGACAUCUCAAUUCUACCCGCGCGAGCUACGGGAUCACUACCUUGCCCUGAGGGCGUUUUACGUGGAACUUGCGACAGUGCAAGAAGCUGUGUCCAAACCGAUGAUCGGGAAGAUGAGGAUGCAAUUUUGGAGAGACGCUGUGAAGGCCAUGUCCGACGGCAGACCGCCGAGGCACCCCAUUGCGCUUGCGCUGCAUGACGCGUCGGAUAAGACGAAUUUAUCAGCAUACCACUUGAAGAGAAUCAUCGAUGCCAGGGACGCCGAACUAGACACUCCCACGCACCUGACCCUUGAUUCCCUGACAGCGCAUGCCGAGGCCACAUCGUCGACAUUCCUUUAUCUUCUCCUGUCCCUCCUGUCACUAUCCUCUUCGUCUGCGCUCUCUCAUGCCGCCUCCCAUCUCGGCGUUUCGCAGGGAAUCUUCACGCUCCUCCGCGCUAUGCCGUAUCACACGGCACAAGGGCGGAUGGUCAUACCCGCGGAGAUGACCGCGCGCCAUGGCGUCAGCCAAGAGGAAGUAUUUAGGAAAGGUGGGAACGCGAAGGGCAUUGAAGAUGCGGUGUUCGAAUUUGCGACAGUAGCUAAUGAUCAUCUAACCACCGCGCUCGAAAUGUUUAAGGAGGAAGGGAUGGGAGGGAAGGUGCCGGUAAGAGCGAGGCCAGUGUUUCUUAGUGGGAUCCCGACGAGAAUAUACCUCGAGCGUCUGCAGGAAGUCAACUUUGACGCGUUCCACCCGAGCUUGCGUCUCCGCGACUGGAAGGUGCCUUGGAAAGUCUGGAGUAGUUAUUACAAGGGCACAUUCUAG